AUGACAAGAGCACCUGUUGUUAGGUUUGGAACUGCAAAAAGAGCUUCUGAGCUCAAAUUCUUUAUGGAAGAUCUUAACAAUUUCGAUACCUUGGCUCACGUUUUUAACAAAUUUGUGUACGUAAUUGAGAUUCUAUUCUUUUACAACGGGAACUUUUGUUCCGAUAAGAAACCAGCUGCUGUAAACUGGAUUGAAGGACGUGGUAAGUCGGUUGUCUGCGAGGCAAUUAUCAAGGAUGAAGUAGUGAGGAAUGUGUUGAAGACUACAGUUCCAGCUUUGGUAGAGCUUAACAUGCUCAAAAACUUGACUGGUUCUGCCAUUGCAUCUACGCCUGAACUAGACGCACAAUCCAUCUACGCCUGA